GCUUCUUCUUUUUCAUCCCAACCGAUCCUUCCUCUCUUAAUUUCAUCGAUCUUUCCAGCAUAAAACUCUCCUCCUUUGGAUAUUCCUUUUCUGCUAAAUCUUCUUGUUCGAACGCAUCUCCACUUGCAUAUUCAGCUCCGAUCCAGUUAGCAUUCAGAAGCAAAGCUUAAGGCGAGGGAGAAGAUUUGGGGCUUAGAAUUCUCUCUCUCAACCCAGAAAUUCCAGAUCUGUUCUGCUCUUUCUCCCUCUGUCCGCUGGCCUCUGCUGUGUGAGGUUGAGUUCGGUUUUUGCCCGUGAGUCCCCUGCAGAAUUUGCCGUCGGCUUCUUCCCUCCGCCAGGUCCGGUUCUGCAGCUGGUUGGAAAUUCUGGUAUGUUGACAGCCCCAUUAAGUCCGAAAUUACCCAUUUAAUAGCUGGGUUUUGUCCAUUUAGUUGAUGCUCUGUGUUGUCCGAAUUUUCUGCUGGGAAUAGGAGGGGAUUCGGCAGUAAAUGGGACCAUGAUUUUGCUUAAUUCAUGUAGAAGUUAGUUUAAGUAGGCUGUUGUAAUGUUCUAGAGAGAAAAUCCCAUGUGUGUGAGUUGUGGUUUGCCAAAGCCAUGCUCUCCAUGUGCUGCCCGUGAGAAAUGGGGAAAUUUUGCAGCUUCCAGUGAGGAGCCCCAAAUACACUGCCUUUCGCUCAUCAACAUCUUUGUUCUGCGUUCUUCAGGUCGAGUUGCCUGACUUCUAAUUCUUCACUCCCUCUCCCUUUCAAACUCUUUAUCUUAAUUUCCACUGUAAACACUCUCCUUUUGUUUUUCUUUCAGAUAUAUACAUUUUCUUCCUUGUUAAAUCUUCAUCUUAAUUUCCACUAUAAACACUCUCCUUUUGUUUUUCUUUCAGAUAUAUACAUUUUCUUCCUUGUUAAAUCUUCUUGUUCCCUUAAAAAAAAAAAAAAAGAAGGAAAAAAAAGAAGGGAGAAAAAAGGAAAAAAGGAAAAAAAAGAAAGAAAGAAAGAAAAAAGAAAGUACUGUUGUUCAAACGCAUCUCCUCCCGCAUUCAGUUCUAAGUUAGUGUUCAGAAGUAAAGCUCAAGCUACAAGCUAAGGUAUGUCUAUAAUUAAUUUUAAUUAUAUUAAUUUCUAUUUUUGUUUAUUUACUUUAGCAUAAUAGCUCAGAGCUGCAAAAUUCUCGUGAAUAUAUAUUUUUGUUUAAUUUUUAAUGAUAGUGCAUUUUUUUAUGGUUACGAAAUUUAUUUUAAAAUAAAAAUAUUACAAGCAAAUCUUGAUGAUAAGAACAAGAAACUAAACCUUUAUCACAAAUAAGAGAACAUUUUGCCCAUAGUAAAUAUAUAUGAACAAUUAGUUUUAUAAAAGAUGUUGAGUAUUACUUAGAGAUUGCUAAUGCAAUUGUCAUUAUUGGGGCAAAAUAGAGUUAUGAAAAUAGAAAACAUCACCAUAUGGAGUUGUUCUAAGCAAAUAGUUUAAGCUAUUCAUGGCAAUCACAUUAGCUACGCCAACUUUAGGAUAGAGUGAAAAGUGACCAGAUAACAAAACCCAUUUGAGGGCCUGUGUAGUGUAACAUUUAAAAUUUAAUAAAUAACAGGUAGUGGU